GAUGCUACGAGCCAAGAUCUUUGUUAUGAUUGUGCUGCUUGCGGGCUUUUGGCCAAGUCUGGGGGAAAAUUCAAAAUCUGAACUUAAAGAGGCGGUGGUCAGAGUUUUUAGCCGGAAAAGAAGGGCGCUUUUAUUUCCUCCGGGCUCAUUUGUGAAGUUUACAUGUUCCUUUGCCACUGGCCUAAUUGCGACCUAUCCGAAGGGCAUUACCUUUGUGCUGGAGGAAGCUCUCUACUUUCCGAUUCCUGGAACUUUGGAGGAUGUAUAUCCUAGAAGAUUUCGACCCAAGACCACAACAAAGAAGCCAGAGAAGCUUCCGGAUUCUAUUGUCUAUAUACCAGGCACCGAUUGGCGUUUCAAGGCCCAGACCCUGCCGAAGCCCAAAUUGAGGCAGCCACCUCCCAAAACCCAUCGAAUUGAUGAUGUCAGUUACGCAAAUCCCUUCAAAUGGCAACAGUGGAGCCAAUACUCCAAGUUUCCGGAAAAAAAUCAUCAGUGGCAGAAUCAUCAGUGGAAUGGCUGGAAUCAGGAGAAGGUAUCAAAGUGGACCACUCCAUCUCCCAAAUGGAAUAGAUACAGUGAAGCGUGGAACUCUCAUCACAUUCGUGGUCAUCGGGAUCGUAGGGACUUGUUUGAUCGAUUUAGCAAAUUAAGUAAAAUUAUUGGCAUUGAUGUCAAGUCGUGUAUUCUACGCACUAUAUGUGAUAGUAAGCGAUUGCUUUUGCCGCCAGGAUAUUCCAUGUUGCACGACAUGCUUCGCUUGAUUUUCACUUUACCUCGAUUGGAUGGAUUCAAAGAUGAAUACAGCCGUAUUAUGGACCGAGAUCCAGACGAAUGCUCUGAGGAAUUAAAGUCGAAGUGUAAUAUGAAUCUCUUAAUUUGGUUACUAAGUGGUAGAGUCGAAUAAACACUUAAAUCUUGUUAUAAAUAUGCAUAAAAAGGUGGAUAAUGUCUGCUUUGUAGAUUUAUUUUGGAGGUCA